AUGACCAACCGCAUUUCAUUCCAGAACGCAUAUUUCGAGCGAUUGGUAGAUUUCCCCGUGGUGAUAUGCCGCGAAUGCCAGUAUGGUGUUUGGCCCAGCCAGAUCGAAGGCCAUUUACAGCGUGCCCACCAGCAUAUAUCUCCCAUGAUCCGGAUUCAGCUUGGCGAUGAGGUUCGCAGCUGGCCCAAUAUCGCCAUUGAUCCCAUUGAGCUGGAGAUUCCACCAACCCGAACCCAGGCCAUUCCCCAGCUCAUUGGCCCAUUGGAUGGUUGGCAAUGUCAAUUAUCACCACAGUCAUGUGUAUAUAUAUGUCAGAGUAUCAAUGCCAUGCGGAACCAUUGGUAUAACCAGCACGGCUGGAGCCGGACUUCCCACCGAGGCCACCCCACGAGAUCCACCAUGCAGACCAUCCAGGAGCAGCAGAAACAGGCGUGUCGACGGGUUCCAUGCCAGCGAAUAUUCCCCCGGAAGACCGGGUCCCAGUAUUUCGCCAUUAUCGAUGAAAAAGAGGACUCCGAUCCUAUUCCCACCACACCUGGAUCCAUGAUUUGGGAACAAGCCAGCCGGCAAUAUGCGGAGUACGAGAAGCAAGCCGCGGAGCAGAUCCAGCACGGCCAUAUUGAUGAGGCCAAUCCGUGGCUCCGUCGGACGGGCUGGGUGCCAUAUCUGCACUCAUUUUCCAGUACCCAGUUAUUGGAAUAUAUCGACAUGCCCGCCAUGGACGACGCUGUGAACCACUCCCCCGUGGCCGAUCUCGACGAACAUGCCAUCCAGGCCAUAUGGACGGCCAUGGGCCAGGUGGGACAGAUCAGCCAGCAGUCCGUCAUCCACACCGGCGUGUUUGUGCGCAUGGAAGCCAUCCGAACCGAACGGCAUCAAACCCGGUAUCAGCCACUGGAGGCAUAUCAGGAUCUGGAGACUAUGACGGAGCGUGUUCGUCCAUGGCAGCAGAUGUUGAUGUUUUUUUGGCGGACGCAGCAAUGUGCAUCCGACGAGAGGCAUCCCCCAUAUCGAUUCACCCAACGACAACGUGCCGCAUGGAAUCGACUGGUGCAGGUUGCUCAUCCCCAGAUCCCACCCCAGAAUCCCAGACGGUCCAUAGUAUUGCAACCCGGUCAGCGGCGCCCAUGGGAACUCAGCCCAUCGCCCAUAUCCAGCGAGUCGUCCCACUCCGAAGACGAAUCAUUCACCGACGAUGAUGAGAUGGAUGAGGAGAUCCACGAGGAUCCCGAGCUAGAUCCCAAGCUGGAUCCCGCUCCACAGAGCGCCAUUCCACCAUUAACCCCCCUCCAGCGGGCGUGUUUGGACUUUUGCAUCGAGCUGUUGAACCAGCGUGUGGUACACCGGGAAUACGACUGCGCAUUGGUGGGUGCCAUGGCCGUGUUGGGCGUUCGCGAUCGAGGUGGAUGGCGGACCCCGGAGGAUUACCCGCCCAUUUUGUCCAAAGUGAUCAAACUGGCCCGGUUCAUGGUGGUCCGGAAAGCCAUGGAACUGGCGGAGAACGAGGACGACGCUGAACCCGCCAGUUCCAUGCAGGAGAACGACUGGGACAGGUGUUUGCAGUGGGUGACGCAGAUGAUGGACCGGUUCAUGGUGCGUGGAUCCCAGAGCCCAAUGCAGUGGAUGUUGGAUUUACGGACGUAUGGGUUGAAGAUCCAUUACAACACCACCACGGAGGGCCAUGUGACGUGGCAGAAUAGUGAUGAGCUGUUAUAUAAAGAUGUCAAAUUUACAAUGCGGCAGUUCCGUGGCAUGGUCGACCACACGGUACGGGAUGCACGGCGGAUCUUGAUGGAGGAUUUGCUGCAAUGCGCCCCCGAUCAGGUGCCCGUGAUUCCAUGGGAUCAGCUAUAUGAUAACCCGUUCAAUGAGGACCCCCAAUGGAGUUUUGUGCAGGAUCCGCGGACCCCAUGGCCCGUCGAUGGCACCGGCUGGCUAUGGCAGCAUAUCCAGGAUCAUCCCCCAUUAUGCCGUCGAUUGAUCCAGGCCGACGGCCACGGCAUUCAGCCCAUCCGCUGGCAGGCAUUCCACCGUCAGCACGUUUUUGGAGAAGCUGCUGGCGGCGGUCCAAUUCACAUGGGGCCAACCCGCUCGUGCCCCGGAGUUGUUGAGCAUUCGACAUGA